UGCGCAGUACAGCCGAGGUUCUGAUGCGGUUCGGCUGAUGUAGGUCAGAUGUAACCCAAAUGAGUCCAGAAGCAGCUUCACACAGGCCUGUGAAUGUAGGACAAGCGAACCGAAGCGAAGCUCAGCGUCGGCUCUGUCUGUGAGGAAUAGCGAUGGAGGGAUGAUCGGCACCGGCCCGGUGUUUGAUGAUGAACCGGAGCGACGGAGCGGCGGCGGCCGAGCGGGAUUUUGUUGUGGAUGGAGAGGGAAAUGUGUGCAGAACUGCAGUUUACAUGACAGACUGUCUGAAUGAAGACACUGAUAAAGUUCCUCUUCAAACGCACCCGCUGAGAGAAUUUGAACAGCACCUCAAUGAUCUGAAGAAGGAGAACUUCAGCCUCAAGCUGCGCAUCUACUUCCUUGAGGAACGGAUCCAGCAGAAGUUUGAGGACAGCAGCGAUGAGAUCUACAGGACGAACAUCGAGCUGAAGGUGGAGGUGGAGAGUCUGAAACAGGAGCUGCAGGAAAAACAGCAACUGCUGGAUAAAGCUCAGAGAGCAGCAGAGAGUCUGAGCAAUCACAAUGAAGAGGAGCUGCAGCGACGGUGUGAGGAGAGACAACAGGAGAUCGAUCACAUGCAGCAGGUGCUGGAGACCAAGAUACAGAUACUGCAGGAGGAGGCUCAGUUAGCGCGGGACGAGGCCGAGCGCAUGGCCAGUGUCGCUGAAUCUCACUCCCAGCAUCCCUGUGUCACCAUGGAAAUGGUUGCCAAGGACACACCAGGAGACACAAGCACACAGCCUGAUGAAGAUGCAGACAGUGAGAGAAUCGAGUGGCUGAGCGCUGCACUGUGCCGUAAGGAGCAGAUGAUCAGAGAGCUGACGGAGGAGAAGAUGGAGCUGAGACAGAGAUUGAGACACAUGGAGGAGCAGCUGCAGCAGCUGUCUGUGUCUCUGCUGCAGAGAGAGAGAGAUGCACAGUUCUAUCAGGAGGAGUUGGGUCGUGAGAGGCUCCGUGUGCAGCAGGAGAUGCAGAGUCUGAUAGAAGAGCAGCAGCUGCAUCAGUAUGAACACGCCGCUGGACAGUGUGUGAAUGAACUACAGCAAGCGCAGCUACAGCUCGAGUCUCUGCAGAACCAGAUCCACGAGAGCGAGUCCAGCAACAAGGAGCUUCAGGAGAAACUGUGUGAGAUGGAAUCAGAGCUCCAGUCCAUCAGACAAGCUGCUCAGAACCAAGAGAGAACCAUCCAGAACCUCACAGACAGCCUGAGAACUAAAGACACAGAGACUCAGGAGCUGUACCGUGUGAUCGAGGGCCAGAAAAACACACUGCGUAAAAUCACAGAGACCCACCAGCAGCAGCUGCAGCACACACAGACUCCAGAGGGCGCCGUGGACUCGGGGUCGGUUCUGGGCUCCCAGAGUUCUCUGUUCUCGUGUCAGCUGGAGUUGGAGGCGAGUCAGCGCACUCACAGACUGACCCAGAGACGUCUGGAGGAUCUGAUGCGAGAGCGAGAGCGACUGCAGAUCGACCUCCAGGAGGCGCUGCAGCACAAAGAUGUCAGCCACAAACACAACCAGCGCUCAAUUGAUGAGAAGUUCCUCUGUCUGGAGGAGAAGGACGGUGAGGAGCGUCAACUGCAGCUGGUGCUCCGUGAGAAAGACAGAGACCUGGAGAGACUGCGCUGCAUCCUCAGCAACAACAACGACACCAUCACGGGUUUGGAUGCUCUGGUGCGCAGUAAGGAUCUGGAUUUGGAGAGAACGCAGGAAGCGUGCCGGAAACUGGAGUGGAUGAAACAGCAGAGCGAUGAGAAACAUGCACUCGCUGUACAGGAGAGAGAUGGCAUCAUUCAUCAGCUGCAGAAGGCACUGCGCUCACACAGCAGAGAGAGCGAGGAGCUCAGGUCAGUGCUACUGAGAGAAGUGUCCGCUGCUGACAUGCUCCAGGAGCUCCAGUCCCAUCUGUCCAUGAAGGAGCGUCUGUUUCAGGAAGUGAUUUCAGACCGCAGCCAUCAGGCGCAGGAACACCACAGACAGCUGACGGAGCUGCUCCACACCAUCAGCUCCAGAGAUCAGGACAUGAAGGAUUACAGCCAGCGGUCCGGCCGGGUGAUUUCCGAGCGAUCGGGUCAGUUGCAGGAGUUGCGGAGUCAGCUAUCGUCACGGGAACAGGAGCUGAAUGAUGUGAACAGGCAGCGAGAGACAGACAUGUCGAACUCCACACCAGUACCAGCUCAGGCCAUGUGUACGAGCAGCUCAGGUGAUCUGGAUGUACAAGCCAUCAGAGAUGAACUACAGCUGACCCUUAAGAAACACAGAGAGACUGAGCGGGAGCUCUCAGAGAUGCGCUCGGUUCUGUCUGCAGGCCGUUACGACACAUCAAGCUCUGAUCAGCAGUGUGUCCUGCAGCAGCUCGUGUCGGAGCAGCAGGCGCUGAAUGAAGCUCUGAGAGCAGAGAAGAGUGUUUAUGAGAAGCUCAGACAUGUCCAGAGUCAGGAUGACAGCAGCGCUGAGAAGCUUGGAGCGAUGCACGCUGAACUGGACUCGCUUCAGGUGCUGCGCCAACAGCUGGAAGAAACCCUGAUGAGGGCCCGCGAGACGGCGCUGGUGCUGCAGCAGGCCGCACUGAUCCAGACCGACUAUGGAGAAUCCAGCAGUGAUGAAGAUGAAGACGAUCAUGACAGCAGUAGCAGUGAGGAGUUCCCAGACAGCAUAGAGGACGAUGAGAUCAAACUGACGGCUCGGAGUCUGACGAGCACACAGAGAGUUGAGGAGUUCGGCAGGGAGCUGAUGUCUCACAGUGCAUCAGAGCAGAGAAACCGAGAUGAAAGUGAGAUGGGCUGCUCCUCACUCGCUCGCUCCAGGACCGCUGUGAAUGAAGACGAGUCUGGAUUAGCAGCAGAUGAGGAGGAAUCUGUCAGGUGUCGAGGGUUGGAGAAGCGUGAAACAGAAUGGCCAAACCCCCGUGAGCCUCAGAGAGUUUACCGUACGUUCCAAGAGGAGGAAGAGGAGGAGGAAUAUGAUGAAGAAGAUGGAGAGGAAGGGGAAGAUGUAAGGGGCCCUCAGGGCAAGCGUGGGCCCCCGAGUGUGAAGCUGCGGGAGGGGAGGUGGAAGAGGAGGUGCACCAGACCUCAUUCUCUGGACCUCGGAGCUCUGCUGUCUCACAAACCUUUAGCCCAGCACACAGUUCAGGAUGUAGGAAUGAAACGGGAGGUUGAGGGUGACAGCGGCAGUUCGCGCACAGGAGGGGGUGGUGGCAUCGGCUUCUGGCAGCACGUGGAGGCGGGGCUUCGGGAGCAGGCGGAGCGUCUCCGUAGUGACCUCGCCGUGAGUCAUCAGGAGAGCCGUGAACUGCAGGAGAGACUGAUGGUGUCAGAGGCAACGGUGCAAGCGCAGGCAGAACAACUGAAAGACUACAGAGAGCUGCUGACUGAGAGCACCGUGCAGCAGGACAGUAAACAGGUGCAGGUGGAUCUUCAGGAUCUGGGAUAUGAGACGAGUGGCCGCAGCGAGAAUGAAGCUGAGAGAGACGACACCAGCAGCCCCGAGUUUGAUGAGCUGGAGACAGGCGUCUCUCUCUCGGUUUCGGUGAGCAGACGCAGUGGCUGGAACGCAGACAGCGACGGUACACAGAUGGACGAACCGUCCUCGCUGAAGCGUCUGGUGCAGGAUCUGCGCUCACAGCUCUCUCGCUGCCACAAAGUGAUCCGCGGCCUGCAGCUGCACAUCCGCUCGGUCUCAAAUACCUCAGACUAUGCCUCCAGCCUGGAGCGCACGCCGCGCAAGGUGAACUGGGCAUUUCAGGUGAGCUCGACUCACAGCGGUGCAGACGAGGACGAGGGCUGGCAGUCAGAUGGGCCACUGAGACCCAGCCGAGAGCUGCAGGAGCUGGUGAGCCGCGUGACGCUGCUGGAGACGCAGAUCAGGAGCUCCGCACACGAGGGAAAGAGCGGCUCGGAGGAUGGGAAAUGUGCCACCUGGCCUGGGAAGUACAACACACUGAUCCAGGCACAGGCACGAGAGCUGUCACACCUGCGUCAGAAGAUGCGAGAGGGGCGGGGCAUCUGCCACAUCCUCACACAGCACUUGAGUGACACGACCAAAGCCUUCGAGGAGCUGCUGCGUGCCAAUGACAUCGAUUACUACAUGGGCCAAAGCUUCCGGGAGCAGCUUUCCCAGAGUUCCUCACUCGCUCAGAGAGUCAACACCAAGAUCAGUGGACGUGAUCGUUCAGAGCAGCAGGAUGAUAAAACAGGUCACGAGCUGCUAGCGCUGAGGUUGAGUAAAGAGCUCCAACACAAAGAUCAAAUCAUCGAGUCUCUGCACACCCAGUUACAGCAGCGUUCGGACACGCCCUGCAGCAGCCACGCCCCCUCCGAGACAACAGAUCAAUCAGAUUGCGUCUCGUUUGUGUCCGAUGAGAGAGGAUCUACCAAUGAGGACGUGGACCUGUGCUCAGAUAUAGAUGCCGCCAGUGAGUUUCCACAGGAGGAGCCCCGACCCAAAGACAGAGGUGUGUUUACAGGACUCUUGUCCAGCUCACAGACUCAGAUCCAAACCCAGAGCUGGUCUGCUCACUCUAGCCCCAUGACCUUUGCCCCCCUGACCUGCCCUGACCCCAAGCACAGGAUCCUGUCUGUCCCAGCACAGCGGAGGCCGCCCAUGAGAACUUUCAGCGCUCCUCACUCACUCUCCAUCUAUCAGCUGACUGCGCAUUCCAUCGAUAACACGCUUGUAUCCCAUCAUGCACUGGGAAACAGUGGAGGCCCAUCUCUGCAGACAGAUGCAUUGUGUGACAUGGAUAAUAUGAUUCAACCAAUUAGAGGUUUUGGUGGAUCAUCUUAUUAUCAGUCUGACAACAGCCAAUCAGGUGUCGAUGUGAUUGAGGAGCAUUUGAGAGAGAUCCGAUCUCUGCGUCAGCAACUGGAAGAUUCCAUCAGAACCAACGAGAGACUGAGAAAGCAGUUAGAGGGACGUCUGGCCACAGCUGCGAGAGACACCGUGGCUCCAACCAACAUCUUUAUCCAGAGUAAUGAUGCAGUCAGUCAACUGACCAAUGAAGUCAGAGCGUUAAAGGAGGAAAAUCUGGCACUACAGUCAAGGUUACAAGCCAGCAGAGACAGAGCUGAAGAGACAGAGCAGCUCCAGGAGGCGGUGCUUUCUGGGCGUGUCCGUCUGCAGCAGGCAGAGUUAGAGGCGGAGCAAUGGAAGGAGGAGUUGAGGAGGCUACAGACACACAACUGUGAACAAAGUCAACAAAUCCAGCAGCUGCGACAGGACAGACAAAACAGUCAGGACCACAACAACAGACUGCAGCACGAGGUGACUUUACUUCUGCAGCAGUUAGCAGAGAGCAGACAGCUGCUACACUCCCUACAAAGUGAACUACAGCUGUAUGACCGCGUGUGUGGCGUGAGAAAGAGCAUCGCUGCAGAGUUGGUGUGUGGCGUGCGCUGCCCGGCGGUGGAGCUCAGGGAGCUGCUGGCGGAAGUCCGGGCUCUAAGGGCCCAGCUGGAGUGCAGUGUACAGGAGAACAGUGCUCUACGAGCUCAGCUGCAGAAACAGCUGGAUCACUGCAUCGAUCAGCGCCCAUCGCCUAUCAUCCCGGCCAGUCCGCUGCGGGAGGUGCUUUAUCGCCGACAGCUUCUGCACGACCCGUCCCCUUCUCCUCCUGUCAGAGACGUGGGGCCCCUGUACUCUCCGUACUCAGAGAUGGAGGAGAGCGCUGUGAACACUAAUGACUCAGUGGAGUCUCAUGUGGAUUUGGAAGGAGAAGCUCCGGACGGCUCGUUCGCCAACCGUAACGGGCGGCACGCCAUCGGUCACGUGGACGACUACAGUGCCCUGCAGCAGCAGGUGAUGGAGGGCCGGGCGCUGGUGCAGCGGAUGGAGGCGGCGCUGCAGUCGAGUCUCGGCUCUGCCCUGCUGGGGAUCAGCGGAGGAAAGGCUCUGGACUACAACACAGUGAAGACGCUUCUCUCCGACACCAAGACCUUGUGUCAGAUUCUGGACGAGGCCGUGUCUCUGCUCAAGAUGUUCUGGCGGGCGGCACUUCCGAGCAGCGACAGUCCCGCUCAUCUGAUUCAGAAGGAGCAGUCGAUGCGUGAGGAGAUCCAGACACUGCGUUUGCGGAUGGCUGAACAGGAGGAGGUUCUGCAGGGAACCAUCCAGCGUCUGCGCUGCUCCAACCGAACCAAAGAAAGCAUGGAGACCUUCAUCGUCAACCAGCUUUCCCGGACGCGAGAUGUGCUGAAGAAAGCCCGAGCGAAUCUAGAGAAGAAUGAGCUCAGGAUUUCCUCUCUAAGCUCCUCCUCUUCAUCUCUUUGCCAUGGUAAAGUCUUCACAGGCGCAUCCGCAGGUUCUUCUGUUUGGGGUCGUGUGACCCCUGCGUUUUCUGCGAUCGCCAUGGAAACAGCCAAUCUGCAGCAACCUGCCAAGAAGCGUGUCAGGGAGUGACUUCAGCUUUUUGCCCCCCGUUAAACCAGCUGACAACCAGUCAACACCUCUAACUCACCCGCCUUACCCUCCUUUGUCACCGCUUCUGUGUGAUUUGACCUCUUUCCUUUAACAGUGAGCCAUUAAUAUCCACAUGCCUACUGACUGACAGUUUGUGAGAAGACAGUAUUUAUCUUUUGCCACGAGACAGGGAGGAAACACAUUCUUCACUUUCUGAGAUAUAAACAGACUGCCACAGAAUCCCCUGGAGUAUCCCAGGGAUUUUUGGCAAAAACUCAUUACAUAUGUGUGGUUCAUCAGCAUGCGAGCUGUUCUGAGCACUGACCACUGUGUCACGAGACAAAUGGCAACUAAAGCGUGUGAAAUAAGUUCACGUGCUUGACAUUGUGCCAUAUAUUGUGGCACUGUUAGUAUUAGUAUGAUUGUUGAUAUUGUCAUCAUUAUCCAGUGCUACUGAUAGAAACUGAAUGUUGUGUUUAGUAUUUGCAUGAUGAGGUUGGUAAAAAGUACACUUGUUUUUUUUUUUUUUUUUUUUUUUUUUUUUUUUUUUGUGAGGUGACGUUCACCAAACAAGCCAAAGUUUGCAUGGUUGAUUUCCCUCAUUUGGCUGUUGAUGACGACUUCUGUAUGUAAACUGAUUUCAAGUAACCUGUUUACAAGCACUAUUUUAACCACCUUGUAAGAACUGUGUAGGAGUGCUUUGGGCGUCUUGGCAGUCGCUUAUGCCAGAACUUCAUUCACAAGCAAAUAAAUGGGUUGAGGACACAAUAUAGAAAGUUGAGAUUUUCUGCAUUUGCAAAAAAUAAUAUAAAAUGCGAGUAAGUUGACAUUGAUUUGUGUACAGUUACUUCUGUGCAAAUAUAAUCAAUGACAGUUUUGAAGUUUCUGAACUACAGAUUGCAAACUUUGGCAGGAAUUGGUGGGACCAGAGCUGCUGAUGUCACAAUCACGUAGCCAAUCACAAUCAGAGAUGUGUCUUUAUUGCUCUUAGAUUUGUGCUGCUGUAUAUUUUAUUUCCAAGCUGUAUAUAUAUGCCUUCCUGCUGUUUGAAUUUGGCGGUGUGGGUCAAUCUAGACAAUGUUUGCUAUAGGAUAUGCAAAUUUAUAAAACAUGGGUAGCUGUGCAAUAGCCAUUUGAUCUUGAUGUGAGACAUCAUAUAGAUGAAUUUACUGUGUACAUUACACCAGUUUAUAAACCAUAGAAGUUGCCUUGCCUCAAAUCUCUCACAUAGGAUGAAAACAUAUGCUUGUAAGUGAAUGUUGCUUUGCCUUUAAACAGCCAUGUAAGUGAUUUCUCUUCAGAGAGAAAUGUAAUAUCAAUCUUUAAAUGGCCUUAUGAGUGCUCCACAGUAUUUGGGUCUCGUAUCACUUUAUUCAGAACCACAAAUGAAAUGUAACCGAAGUAUUAAUAUGAUACACAAAUGUUUUGGAUGAAAUACCAAAGCCAGAGGGGAAAACAAACCUGAAUUCAGGUAGAGAGAGAAAUAAGCAGCAGGUGUUGGUUCUGAAAUCUGUAUAAUAUGUAUAUAGUGCUUGAAGGCUCAUUUGUUGCUAUAGUUACUGAUGUUAUGGUGUAAUGUAACAAAAGAUUGCCGACACGAGCCAAUAAAACUCUGUGUCUGAUGCUGAUGAAAAUGUGCCAUGCUUUAUUAGAGCUGCAUUUGGAGUUUAAACAGGAAUAAACAAUAGAAAUACA